CCUUCCCACUAUCCAAACCUCCAAAUUCAUGGAAACAACACUGUCAUUGACAUUGUCAUCAACACAAACAAACAAAUUCUCACUGCUUUUGCUUAUUUUGAUUUUGAUGCAUUGCAUGUAUGAGUACCUUGAAUCUGAUCAAACAAUGCAAAACCAUCCCUCAACUCCACCAAAUUCAUGCCCACACCAUCACCACUGGUCUCUUACCCCUCCACACUCUCCCAAUCCUAAACAACAUCCUCUCCACCUUCACUUCCAUACUCACUUCCCUUCCCUCCAACAAAAACAACAACCAUUCUCUUAAUCUGACAACCUAUGCACUCUCCCUCUUCCAUUCCAUUCCUAACCCAACCACUUUCUCCUACAACACCCUCAUCAGAAUCCACACCCUCCUCUCCUCCCCUCUCCCCGCCCUCCAAACCUUCCUCUCUCUCCGCCGCCACCCCCUCCCCCCUGACUUCCACACGUUCCCCCUCGUCCUCAAAGCAUGUGCCCAUUUUCAUUCCCUCCCCCUCGCUCACUCUCUUCACUCCCAAGCCUUCAAGUUCGGAUUCUUACCGGAUUCCUUCGUCGUCAACUCGCUGAUUCGCGUCUACUCUGUCCACGGCAGUAUCCUCGAUGCCCAUAAGGUGUUUUGUGAAAGUUCUCAUAAGGAUGUUGUCACCUACAAUGCAAUGGUUGAUGGGUUUGUUAAAAAUCGCCAGCUUGAAUGUGCGCGUGAGGUGUUCGAUGAAAUGCCCGAGCGAGAUUCGGUGUCGUGGGGUACCAUGAUAGCGGGUUAUAGUCACGCGAGGUUGUGUAGUGAGGCUAUUGAGCUCUUUGAUGAGAUGAUUUGUUUAGGGGUUCGGCCGGAUAACAUAGCGCUGGUGUCCGUUCUUUCUGCAUGUGCUCAGCUGGGGGACUUGGAGCAGGGUAGCGUCGUCCAUGAUUACAUAAAGAGGAAUGGGAUUCGAGUUGAUUCGUUUUUAGCUACUGGGUUGGUGGACUUGUAUGCAAAAUGUGGGUGUGUUGAUACUGCAAAGGAGAUAUUUGAGUCAAGCUCAGAUAAAGACGUGUUCACUUGGAAUGCUAUGCUUGUUGGCCUUGCUAUUCAUGGGAAAGGUUCAGAUUUGAUGGAGUUCUUCUCUAGAAUGAUUUCAGACAGGGUUCAACCUGAUGGUGUGAGCUUCUUGGGGGUGUUGCUAGGGUGUAGCCAUGCGGGUCUGGUAAAUGAAGCACGAAAGCUUUUCAAUGAAAUGGAAGCUGUGUAUGGUGUUCCUAGAGAGCCUAAGCAUUAUGGUUGCAUGGCUGAUAUGUUGGCGAGGGCUGGGUUGAUUGAGGAAGGGGUGGAGUUGGUGAAAGGGAUGCCAAGUGGGGGUGAUGUUUUUGCGUGGGGUGGGUUGCUGGGUGGAUGUAGGAUACACGGGAACGUUGAGAUUGCCAAAGAAGCAGCAAUGAAAGUUAUGCAGAUUAAACCUGAGGAUGGUGGGGUUUAUUCAGUUAUGGUUAAUGUUUUUGCUCACAAUGAACAAUGGGAUGAUUUGGUCAAGAUUAGGAGAUCGUUGGGUGCCAACAGGAGGGCCAAGAAGAUUACUGGUCGUAGUUUGAUUAGACUGAAUGCCACUAACUAGAUGCUGCUAGCUAGGGCCCUGGAUGAUUAUUUUCUUCCACAACAUGCAGUGGUGUUCUGGGAUGUGCCAAUCAACUUGAACCUUGUUGAUCACCAAGGUGGGAGGGAAAGGAGAAGGUGCACAGAUUAAUUGGGUAUGAGGAAUAGAUUUAGUUGCGACUGAUUGUUACUAAUUUAUCAUCAAUAAGUUCCUCUGACAAUAUUAUUGUUUGUAAAUAGAUCAUUACACUUGAUUAAGUUUGUUACUAAUUUAUCAUCAAUAAGUUCCUUUGACAAUUUGGUUUGUAAUUAGAUCCUUACA